AUGGUACUUUCCGACUUUUACAGCAGAAUGCAGGAAGGUGUAUUCAGCCAGAACCUGGAGGGAACCUAUGUAAAGAGAAGACCUUCUAGAUGUAGCGGAGUAAUUCUGGCAUUUGCCAUUGUAAACUUGGCCUUGGCACUUUCCUCUGCCUACACAUACUUCAACACAAAAACAACAAACAUUCAGUACAACUCAGAUAUACAAAGCACUGUUUUUCUACCAAAAGGUACGAGCUACAUUUACAUUAGUGUAGAUGGCAUUUAUCAGAACUAUCUUUCAUACACUAAAAGUAUUAAUUUUAGGCAGUUAAAGGGAAAAACCACAGGCCUCAACCUCAGUGCAGCAAGCCCGUUUGACUACAACGGAGAUAAGCCAUAUUAUCCUGCAGGUGCAAUUGCAGCAACAUAUUUUCAGGACAUAGUCACUAUUGAUAAUCUCGAAAUAGAAUCUGACAACAUUUCGAGAGGUGCAGACAUGGAUUUGAUCGGGUUUACAUCGUAUCUACCUGAUCAAAUAUCUAUGCCCAUCAAUUGGACAUCGUACACUAAUCUCAAUACAACGCCACUAAACACUUUUACAGGAUCAGGACUGCCUAUUUUAAAUGAAAGGUUUGUAAAUUGGAUUACUCUUUCACCAUUUUCCAGCUUUAAAAAGCUAUGGGGGAGAGUGAACGUUAAGCAAUCUGGAGAGUACAAUUUAACAAUUAUGUCCAGCUAUGGCAUAGCCACUAAAAAGUCACUUUUUAUUUGUGAAAAGAGUAUUUUGGGUAUACCCAACCACUAUGCAUCAUUGAGUUUUUUAAUAGCUGGAAUUCUGUCCAUUCUCGCUGCCAUAUACUUGAGCAAGUACGGAUAUUAA